AGUUAUUUGUUUCUCCUCUUCUUCACACCUCCAGUCUCCAAUACAGGCUCACACGCAUGCACUUCCUCUCCCUCCCGGCCUGCCUCUUCAUGAUCUCAAACUAGUUAUUAGCUAGCUAGCCUGAAGAAAGUACUCCCGCUGUGUGUAGAGUAUUUGAUCCCUUGAGGCUGAUUUUACGAGCUGCUGGUAGCGUGUGGUGCUGAUCAUGGAGUCAUGCGUCCCUCCUGGUUUUAGGUUUCACCCCACGGACGAGGAGCUCGUCGGCUACUACCUCCGGAAGAAGGUGGCCUCGCAGAAGAUCGACCUCGACGUCAUCCGCGACGUUGACCUCUACCGCAUUGAGCCAUGGGAUCUCCAAGAGCACUGCAAGAUUGGUUACGAGGAGCAGAGUGACUGGUACUUCUUCAGCUACAAGGACCGCAAGUACCCGACGGGGACGCGCACGAACCGGGCGACGCUGACGGGGUUCUGGAAGGCCACCGGCCGGGACAAGGCGGUGCGCGACACCAAGCACGGCGGCGGCGGGCUCAUCGGCAUGCGCAAGACGCUCGUCUUCUACACGGGGAGGGCGCCCAACGGCCGCAAGACCGACUGGAUCAUGCACGAGUAUAGGCUGGAGACCGACGAGAACGCCGCACCUCAGGAAGAAGGCUGGGUGGUGUGCCGAGCGUUCAAGAAGCGAACAAUGCACCCACCACGGAGCAGCGUCGCUGGAGCAUGGGACCGGAGCUACUCGUACUACCACGAUCCCAUCGUCGCCAGCGCGGCGGCGCGCUUCAAGCAAGAGUCGCCGGCGGAGCCGGAUGGUGCAGCGGCGGCCGCCGCCGCCAGUGCCGCCCUCCUGCAGUACUCCAGCCGCCUCGCCGAGCUCCCACAGCUCGAGAGCCCGCCGCUGAUGGCGCCGCACCAGGGGAGCCACCUGAUGGCCUUGGUUGACGGCGAGGGAGACUCCGCGGCGACCACGGACUGGAGGGCGCUCGACAGGUUCGUCGCGUCCCAGCUCAGCCCUGACGAGGAGCGCUCCGCCGGGCAGGGCCCGGGCUUGCACCCGGAAUAUUGCGGCGGCAAGCCGCCGCUGGGGACGCAUGCUGCCGGGAACAAUGAGGACGCCUCGGACAUGGCGGCGCUUCUGCUCCUCGACGGCGUCCGGCACGGGGAAGCCGGCCUGCUGGGCUCCGUGGCCGACCCUGCGUGUCUGCACACAUGAACGCGGCGGCGGCAAUAUAUGGCAUCCACGGCCUGAACGGCUGAACCACACAGAUGCAUGGCAGCACACUAUAUCUAUACAUAUACAUAUAUACAUGUAUGUAGCUGAACGCUAGCCUUCAACGUCGUCCCAUCGUUUUCGUUUCAUGCAUGUCUGGAUCGCGUACUGGUCGUCUGCAGGAAGUGGAGCUUAUUUUGCCCAUCUUGGUAUAUGGUAGGAGUAAUUGCGUAUAUAAAAGAUAAGACAAGACAGUUUAACAAAUCGUAAUAAUCAAUCAUAUCAUGAAUAAA